ACAAACAUCUUAAACACAUAGACAAAUUACAAUUGCUUUUUACCCUACAGGGCUGUUACCAAGUGUUAUAUUUGAAGAAGAGAUAAGGGAGUAAAUUGAUGGAAUACCGAGCAACUAGCUGAAAGUAUGUAAUCAGUGGCCCGGGAACAAAAUUUGCUUAGGAGGUGCUGGAGCCCAGUCAAGUGUUUUUUCGUGCUGGGAAACAAAUGAUAGUCAAAUGGUACCAAAUCACUAAAUUAAGGAGGGUGAUCAACCAGUUCAAAACCUGUUACGCACAGCAACCAUUGAAACCAAGGACUUGUGUAUUGAAGCAUUGUUCUAAUGAAACAAGACCUCCUUCAUUAGUUUUUUCAGUGCGUUUGGUCUUUAUAGCCUGUCGUAACUGCCUUAGCAAGUUGGCGUUGAUGGUGUGAUCAUUUUGAAGAUAGUCAAUAAAUACAAUGCCUUUUUCAUUCCAAAAAAACCUGAGGCUAUCGCCAUUCCUGCAGAUGAAACGAUCUGCUUUCUUUGGAGCGGAUGAAGAGGAUUGUUUCCACUGCAUGUUUGCCUCUGUUCAAAGUGAUGAAGCCAACAGACAUAGGAAACGUUCAAGGAAACUAGCCGUAUCUGCCCCAAACAAUGUCAGAUACCCCCGUAAGGUGAUCAACCUGGUGCGCUUUUGAUCAGGUGUCAGAAGACGCGGCAUCCAUCGAGCAUGAACCUUCGUUACGCCAAGUUCAUUGUGCAGAAUAUCCUCAACUCUCUCCCAGGAUAUGCUAAUAACAUUGGCUAUUUGAGUUAUAGUCAAUCGCCUGUUAUCCACCAACAUGUGGUGACCACGAUCGAUGUUUUUCUCAGUGGUGGCAGUUGUGGGACAUCCAGACCUUGGAUCAUCUUCAAGACUAUCUUCCCCUCCUAAAUUCAGCUGUCCGCUUCUGCACUGUUGAUAAAGCUGGACCGUAAUCCUGUGGUGUAGCAACCAUGCCAGCAUGAACGUCUUUGGGACACUAAAGCCUUUUUCUGAAGAGAAGAAUUAAGAUCAGACCCGAAUAAGGCAAGAAGAAAUAUCGGAAAGUAAGUCCAUUGUUGGCUCUGAAAUUUUGUGCCGGUGACUUCGUAGUUAGCAAGAUGACAAGUUAUAUCCAUGAACCAGGUCGAAUACCAGCUGUUUGGCAAACGAUUCCUGAGAAACUAAAAUGCUUGGCGGAAGAGCAGCCAAACAAAUUAGCAUUUGUUGUAUAUAAAGAAAAAGACGAUCGACAGCAAUUGACGCGAAAAGAGGUGUAUGACGGUACUGUGAAGUUUGCAAAAGCUCUUGUUAAGUUAGGCGUUAAGAAAGGAGAUCACGUCGCUUUAUGUAUAUCCAACUGUGUAGACCUCAUAAUCUACGAUACCGGAAUUAUUAUGGCCGGAGCAGUUUCAUUGAGGCUGAGUCUAAAGUCAGGAGAUUUUAAAGACAUUUUUUCCGGAUGCAAAGCGGUGAUAUUUGACUCAAAAGAUUCACUGGAUAAAUUUUGUGCAAUUGCUCAAAUUUCCGAUGACGGUAAAGUAACUAGCGAAAUAUAUCCGGAAUUGAAGUUUGUCAUCAAUAUAUCCAACACAUAUUGCCCAUCCAACGUUCUAUCUGCCACAAACCUUAUGUUGAAUAUCAAUGACAGUGAGCAAGUCGACUUACCUAGUUUGGACCCAGAAGACAUCGCAUUUAUUUGCCAAACUUCCGGUAGUACAGGCCGACCCAAAAAUAUCUAUCACACACAUUAUAACUGGUUGAAUAGCAUAGUACAUGCCAUGGAUGCAAGUAGUGUAACCUCAGAUGAUACAACAUACAACACUCGUCCAAUGAUAUACAUCGGUGGAUAUCCAUUUGGGUUGUUUUCUGUUGGAACUACCCAUGUAACUGGAAAUGUUCAAAUGCUAAACGACAUUAAGAACUUAGAGUUUAUUGAAAAUAUAUGGAAAAAAGAAGGCUGUAAUAUACUUUGGCUUCUGCCACAGCAUCUACAACUACUCAGAGACUGUGGGCAUCGCGCAAAGGCUAUUCUUACCGGUGGAGAUAUGCUUACAAAAGAAUCAUUAAUGCAUUCCUUAAACUUUACUGAGCAUAUACAAAUUGUGUAUGGAAGUAGUGAAGCUACAUUUUUAACUUCACGGGUAUUUACAAAAAAAAAUAUUUCUGAACAUCUUCCGAAAAUGCUAGGGAGGCCUUUCCCCGAUACAGAAAUGAAGAUUGUUGACGAUAACGGAAAAACCGUUAAUAUAGGAGAGGUUGGCAAUAUUGAAGUUCGAAAUAAAUGGACAACUAAAAUAAACCUGGGUGGCGAUUCGACAAAUACAAAUGGCUGGCAGUCAAUGUCAGAUAUAGGUUAUAUGACACCAGAGGGGGAUUUUUUUCUAGUUGGAAGAAAUACAGAUUUUAUCAAGAAGUCAACAGUGAAGGUACCUGUCAGACAAGUUGAGGAAUAUGUCAGUCAUCACCCUAGUGUAGAAGACGUAGUUGUGGUUCCGAUACCGGAUGAAGAAGUUGGUGAACGGGUGUGUGCGUGUAUUACCAUCCGAGAUAAUCACGAAUUCAAUGAAGACGGGCUUAAAAAGUUCUGCUUGGAAAUUAUGCCACAGCAAAGCGGUUUUGAUAUUGUAACGCUGCACCCAGAUUAUUUCUUACAUUUUACAAGCUUUCCAUUAUUAACCUCUCAGAAAUUUGACAGAAGGUCAAUUAAAUCAACAGCAAUUGCUUUAGUAGAAAAAAAUAUUAAGAAAAAAAAACUUUCUUCAGAACUGAAUCCGGAAUAAUUCAUAGUCGGUUGCUGAAAUUAACCUGGAGUGGAUAUUUAUUCUUAGAAUUUAUUUCGUUACAACUCUGAAUUAGUAACGGAGAAUGUUUUAGUUCUCGAAAUUCUUCCCUUAUUUUAUAUUUCUACUUCCAAUCCAUUCAAAGCAUUCAGACAGGAAUCUUUCCAAAUAUCAAAAGCAACAUUUUAAUUAUUGUCAACUAAUUCCGACAUAUCUACAUUCAUCAAUGAUUGAUAAAUUAAUUAAAAUAGUAGCCUUGAAGAAAACAAAUGUUGAGUAUACUGCGAUUUAUAAUGCUUUUUGAAAUAUUUGAUUCCAAUGUCUUUACUAUAAUAAUUGUAACUUACACUGAUUCACAACAAUGUUGACAGAAUCUUCACGGUAUUUGUUCCGAUUCUCUUCGUUCCGAGUUCAAAUUUCACUGAGGACGUCGUCGCUCUUCCCUGUCACUAAUCUCUUUUAAAACUCCAAUGUGGAACUUCUUCCGAGCGCAUUGCUUGGAUGGUAAAGGGUUGCGGGCGCUUGCCGACACGCCAGGUGCCAAGCGCUCUUUCUCGUCUACGGUUGAUCUAGGUGUUAGGUGACGAGCUGGGUGGCCAGUCUCACGCAGAAAUGGCAGAGAGGAAGCUGUCUCUGAAGGGUGGGGCGGAGGUGGCGAAUGCGUACAUCGCUUCCGUCAUCUACAACCACUUGACUGUCGCCCCUUUCCCUGUAUCGUAGCUUACUUUUCCUUUCAUCUUUUCGACAAAAAAAGUUUAAUGAAAAAGAGUUGAUAAAAAUAUUUAAAAAAAUGUAUAACAAUUUAAGUUGCUGGAUUGACAAAACAGCAAAACUACAGACUGUAUUUGUUAUUCUGAGUUCGAAUCCCGCUCUGUCCUACUUGGCUACUAGACUUCACCUGUCGGCCGGCUUAAUACUAUCACCGUGGGUGCUUUUAGCAGAGUCCAUUCUAUUGGAUGCAAACAUUCGGGUCGGUCUUCCAGUUUAAGAACACUUCCAUCUCAUCAUUCUCGAAGGUCUUGAAACGGGUCUUUCUCUCCCAUUAAAAGAUAUAUAAAAGAAUACUAAUAAUUUCUUAAAUAUUGUCAUUUCAAUAAGUUUUAAAUGUGGGAAGUCUAGUCGUUCGAAUCGACAUCAAUACUUGACAGUUUCUUAUUUUACCAACCCCAAAAGAACAAGCAAAAAGGAGAAAAAGCAAGACCGAUCUUUGCGGGACUUGAACUUUAAAAAAAAAAUGUAAAAUAACAGAAUCUAGUAAUCUAAUUCAUCUAUGCUGACAUUAAACUAGUCCUACCAAAUUGCUCGCAAGCCUACGCAAUAACUAUGUAAGAGUACUUAUUAGUCACAUGUUAUCACUCCAAAACCAACUGAUAUUUGAAAGGCAAUUACGAAUUUUCAGUCUAUUAUAUACUUUCAUUUAUAUAAUAAAUAUCCGCUGGUAUAUCUUAAAUUUCUAAUAAAAUUGUUAUUUCACCA